AGAGCGAGCGGCGCCGGCGUCAUGUGACUGCCCGGAGUUGGUGCCAGGAGCCAGGAGCGGAGCCGCGCGGAGCUGGGGCCGAGCCGGAGCGCAGAGCGAGCGCCCGCCGCACGCGCGCCAGUCCUCGUCCCUGUCCCUUGCGGCUGCUGCCCGAUCGGAGCGCUGACAUUACUGCAUUUGCGGGGUUCAAGGAAGCUCGGAUCCGGGCCUUUAUUUCUUGUCUGCUGCGCUCAGCACCGCUGCUCGCAAAGCUAACCACCAGAGCACCUUAGAAGUUCAACCAAAAGAAUGCUCAUGUUUGACCCAGUCCCUGUUAAGCAAGAAGCCAUGGACCCAGUAUCGGUGUCUUACCCAUCUAAUUACAUGGAGCCCAUGAAGCCCAACAAGUACGGUGUCAUCUACUCCACGCCUUUGCCUGAUAAGUUCUUUCAGACCUCAGAAGGCCUGUCGCACGGGAUACAGAUGGAACCCGUGGACCUCACCGUGAACAAGCGGAGUUCACCGCCUUCGGCUGCGAGUUCUCCUUCCUCCCUGAAAUUCCAGUCUUCCCAUCGGAGAGCCUCGCCAGGCUUGAGCAUGCCUUCACCAAGCCCGCCGAUGAAGAAGUACUCGCCCCCUCCAGCCAGCGUGCAACCCUUCAUCGUGCCGCUGUCCAUGCCGCCCGUCAUGGCUGCUGCGCUCUCUCGGCAUGGCAUCCGCAGCAGCCCCGGGAUACUGCCCGUCAUCCAGCCAGUUGUGGUGCAGCCUGUCCCGUUUAUGUACACGAGCCACCUCCAGCAGCCGCUCAUGGUGUCCUUAUCGGAGGAGAUGGACAAUUCAAAUAGCAGCAUGCAAGUACCUGUAAUUGAAUCCUAUGAGAAGCCUAUAUUACAGAAAAAAAUUAAAAUAGAGCCUGGGAUCGAGCCACAGAGGACAGAUUAUUAUCCUGAAGAAAUGUCACCCCCUUUAAUGAACUCAGUGUCCCCCCCGCAAGCAUUGUUGCAAGAGAAUCACCCUUCGGUCAUCGUACAGCCUGGGAAGAGACCUUUGCCUGUGGAGUCUCCAGACACCCAAAGGAAGCGGCGGAUACACAGAUGCGAUUAUGACGGAUGUAACAAAGUGUACACUAAGAGCUCUCACUUGAAAGCACACAGAAGAACACAUACAGGAGAAAAACCUUACAAAUGUACAUGGGAAGGCUGCACAUGGAAAUUUGCUCGGUCUGAUGAACUCACAAGACAUUUCCGGAAACAUACUGGAAUCAAACCUUUCCAGUGUCCAGACUGUGACCGCAGCUUCUCCCGUUCUGAUCAUCUUGCCCUCCAUAGGAAACGCCACAUGUUGGUGUGAAUGCCUCCGUCUCCUGCCUCAACGCAACUCUCCACCCUCCUGGCUCUCUCAGUCCUCCCUCCCACUAGCUAACUCAUUUUUUACAUGUACGUUUUCAUUUUGAUUCAGCUGGCCUGAAUCUUCUGAAUUUAUAGAAUUCAAAAGUUCCAUAUGGUCAAUAGUAGAUGUUCUCUAAUCCUCCCUCUCCUUACCACGGGUAAGACCUAAAGAAUGUGAACACUUUUUU